AUGCGUACCAGGCGCACCUCUGACGCCAUAAGGGCGCGCCCCCCUAGUCCCUUGUUUAGGGAAAUAGGAAAGCUUCUAUGGCGAGCUCGGCCCCUUCUGCGGUGCGACCACCGAGGCCAAAGAAAGAGCCACAGGCGCUCGUCAUCCCCAAAAAUGCGGCGGAGGAGCAGAAGCUCAAGCUGGAGCGGCUCAUGAAGAACCCGGACAAAGCUGUGCCGAUUCCAGAAAAAAUGAAUGAAUGGGCACCUCGACCUCCCCCAGAAUUUGUCCGAGAUGUUAUGGGUUCAAGUGCUGGGGCUGGCAGUGGGGAGUUCCAUGUGUACAGACACCUGCGAAGGAGGGAGUACCAGCGGCAGGACUACAUGGAUGCCAUGGCGGAGAAGCAAAAAUUGGAUGCAGAGUUUCAGAAGAGAUUGGAAAAGAAUAAACUGGCUGCAGAGGAGCAGACUGCAAAGCGAAGGAAAAAGCGCCAGAAGUUAAAAGAGAAGAAAUUACUGGCAAAGAAGAUAAAACUUGAAGAGAAGAAACAAAAAGAAGGACCCAGUCAUUCGCAGGAGCAGCAGGCCAGUAGCUCUGAGGAGGCAUCUGGAAAGGAGGAGGAGGAAGAGGAGGAGGAAGACAAUCCCAGCUUCAUCAUGGGGCGAUGAGGUUGCACAACAGCUGUCAUGAGCCUGUCCAGAGCCUCAGAAGACCUCAGUGCAGCCUGCAGGGAAGAAGGCUGUCUGCCUCUGUCCCCACAGACUUGACGCUUAGGGAGCACAUGGAAGCCCCAGUGCUCUCUGUCCUGCCUGGCUGGGGGGACGGAGAGACUGUUCUAGACACCGCCUCGCAGUGUCCCCCCGCCACGUUCCUGCUGGAAGGGGGAAAGUGCCUCACCGGCACCUGGCACCUGUUCUCACAGACAGCGAUGAGCUUGGGGCUGGCUUUUGGAAGGGAACAUUUUUCUAAGUAAAGAACAGAAAACCUUUAGGUUUUGUUCAGACUUGUAAAACACUAAUUACCAAAGCUGUAGAGAGGCCGUGAAAUGACACGAUAGAGACAAGGCCUCAAGAUUCAACAGGUCCUGUGAGGCGGACCUGCUCCCAGACUCAGGCCAGGAUGCAGCCAUGACACCAGGGUUAACUCAGGUGCAGACACGUGAAGGGAGCUCGCUGUGUGGAAAGAACUGUUGGGGAAGCUGGGUGGCUAGAGAAAUAAGCAGGGAGAGAAUCCAGGCUGGGUGAACCUGGUAGAAGCCCAGAGGGGUCCUCGCCAAACUGGAGGGGCUGGGUAUCCAUCAGGAGCUGCAUUUUCAUCCGGAAGCUAGGUGGGGGGUGUCUAAACAGAACGGGGACUGAAAGUGGCCAAACUUGGCAGUUGGGUGGAACCCUUAGGGACUGCUCUCUGCCUGGGUCACAUGGGCGCUGGGGGCAGAGGCGGCACUCCACUGUGUUUCCAGUCCACAUGUGUGCCCUGGCCAGAAUGGAACCGGGACCUCCAGAGUGCAGGGCACUGUGCUGGGAGCCAGGGGGCAUGGCAGGUGACCCAGGACAGCUUUGACCUCAGUGCCUGCAGGCAAACAUGGUUGACAGAGUCGGUUUCAAGUUAGAGCUUUUGCUCCAGUUUUGGAUUAUCUCCCAACUGCUGAGUACAAUGUGUGCCUUUUAUGGACUGGAAUGGCAUUGAGGAAAUAGUUACUUUGAGUGAUGGAAAACCCAGGGACGUUUUCUUUUACUUCUAUACCGUAGAUUUCCCUGACCCUGCCCUGAGCCACAUGAUAUCUCUUGAUAAUCUGUCCCUUUGGUAGCUUAAGUCACCCCAAAAUUUUCCUCCCCAAAAAGCCAAAAUGAAGCAUCAGCCUUAAUAAAUUAACACAUACCCUGGCCGUA